CACCCUCUGUGUCAUCUGCUUCUGUGUACUUGUGACAGAGAAGUGUUAUAGCACACUGUCUGUGUCAUCUGUUACUGUUACAGUGAUGCAGCGUCUUCUCUGCAGCAUAGUGGAUUGAUUUGUUUGCAUAGCUCUUAAUUGGUGAUUUCCGCUGCGCCCCCACGAACUUACACUUUGCACGGAUCGCAGGGCUGCCCAUCCGAGGCGACGACAUCGCAACAUAUGGUGGCGAUGAUUGGAUCCUCAACAACGAGGCGGUGGUCAUCCGAGAGCUUGGGAUCACCAACCUCAUCCGUCACAGCGGCACACCAACAAUCCACUCAGCCCCGCCGGAGAAGCGUCUUCUUCUCUACAUCCUCACCCGAAUUCUUCGCCCCCGGGACAGUAGCCACACGUCUCUCUUCAAUGAGGAUCUCAAGGCGGUUCAUGCUAUCACCCAUGGCGCCUCGAUCAAUUGGGCAAAAUACGUCAUGAUUCACAUGGCGGAUUGCGCCUCCAUCGCCACCGAGAGGAGUUGCCAUACGCCUUUCUCAUCAUGGAUCUCAUUGUUGCCUCCGACAUCCACAUCGCCGGCCCGGAUACGAAGAUGACGAAGAUUUGGAUCAUCCAAGACAGCACCUUCCGGAAGAAAUCCAGUGACAGAACCGGCGCAGGACCAAGUCGGCCACCAGCCCCCGCUCCCGCCAAGGCCUCCUUACAGUCCAUAGCCGAUACCCUGAAUCGGCUAACCAUCACCGUGGACGGCAUGGGCCAAUACUUGGAGCGGAUGGAUACCACGCUGCAACGCCAACACCACGACAUGAGGGCGUUCUUCCGCGGCAUCAACUACGUCCCGCCGCCCUUUGACAACACCUUCCUCGGCCAAAACUAUGAAGGCGAGGACGAGGAGGAUAACUCAUAUGCUCCGUCCUCCUCCUCCGACGAGGCCGACUUUGAGGACGCGGUCGACGGGGAUCCCAUGGACGUCGAGGACGACGAGGAUGCUGAUGACGAUGACAAUGACAACGAGGACGAUGACGCUAAUGCCUAGACUCUUCCUUUCUUUCCUUUCCCUAGUUUGAUUGUUCUUUAUUUUCAUUCCGUUGUAUUCCGCUUUUUCCCUGCUUUUAAAUGAAUAAAAGUUCACUUUUAAGUCUAAAGUUUACUUUCAUUCUUUUUGUUAAUGUCAAAAGGGGGAAGAUAUAAAGGUUAUACAUAAUUUGAGGGGGUAUUUUUACUUUGUUAAAAAUAAAAUGGCAUCUAUUAAGGGAUAACAUUUUUUUAAACCAAUCCUCAUAUGCAUAACCUCAUCUCGUUUGCCAUUAUCAAAAAAGGAGGAAAUUGUUGAAACACGGGCUUGUCACGUUUUUCGUACUAAAGCCGUGUUUGUUUUUAUGACAGGUUUUGAUAAUGCCAAACCGCCGUGAUCUCAAGUCCAACAUUGAAUAUACAAGGCGAAGAACGAAGAUAAGAACAAGAGCUAAACGAAGACCAAGAACGAAGACCUUAGUCUUAGUAUCGUUGAGUCGGUCUUUGUUGUGAUCAAGACCGACCCAAUCUUUACACCUUGGCUCUUUAGGCUAAAAUCUUUCAUUGCAUUUCUUACAUCAUAAAAAUGCUUUUCAAACAUGUGUAAAUCUUUAAAAAAACACUUGGUGUUCGCCCAAACCAAAAACCAAGCCAUCCAGUGUUCGGCCUUUCGGAAACCAGCGUUCGGCUUUCGGUUAUCGGCAUUGGUUUUUGGCAGCCAAACCAACCAAGUGGUUUUUAGUAUUUUAUGAUUUUUUUUCACUCUUUGGCAUGUUUAAACGGUUCUGCAACAAAAACACUUUGAAAACCAUCUUUUGCUUUUGGUCGUUUGACAAAAACCACGCAAAACGGCAUAAACUUGGCUAGCCGUGGUUUUUACUCAAAUGACGUGGUUUUUAAAGUAACUCACUUGAUUUCUUAGCCAAAUACAUCAAAUAAGUGUUUCAAACACUUGAUUUUUAUUUUGGAGAACUUUGGAUUUUUCGGUCGGUUUUUGCAUCGGUUGGCUAGGCCGUGGUUAAGGCAAAGACCAUGGGUUUUGGCUAACCACCCACCCAGCGAUGGGAAGAUCUUCCCAUCGAUGGGUAAGCGGUCCCUAAGCCAAACCAACUUCCAGAACCAUGCCAAACAGCGAUGGGAAGUUCUACCCAUCGCUGCUAAAGCCUUGGUGCAACAUUAACACAAGGCAGAACGACCUUGCCCAGCGAUGGGAAACCUAUCCCAUUGAUGGGAACCCAGCGAUGGUAAGGACUAAGGAUAUACCAUCGAUGGGUAGGCAUGACCGUUGAAAGUCAUUUAAGGUUGAUUCUUUCCUUGUUUGGAAGUCAACCUCCCACCUAGCGAUGAGAAGCUUGUACCCAUCGAUGGGUAGGUAACCGUUGGCUUCAAAAUUGAAGGAAAAUUGGCUUACGAGCGAUGGGUAAGUUCCUAACAUCGAUGGGAAGCCAAUAUCCUGCAGAUCCCAAAUUUAUUCAAUCCCAUAAAUCAAGCCGAUCACCCCUUAAAUAUUUUGAUCCGUUGGAGCCUACUUUGGCACUAUAAAAAGGGGUGUUUGGGUCUGCUUUUCUCACCAAUUCACUUCACAAUUCUCCUACUUUCAUUGCAUUCAAACAACAUUUAUUUUCAUAGCUUUUUAGAGCCAAUUCGUGUGAAGUUGGAGUUGUUCUUGAGCGUACUUAGUUUACUCAUUAUCUACUUUAUAAGAGAGUCUUGUUCUUGAGUGUAUUUGUGUUCUUAGACACGUUGAGAGAAAGUAUUUCUCUCGGUGGAUUCAAAGGAAGGGUUGUUUCCUUUGAAGGAUUCGUUGAGGUUCGUGUGACUCGAACUCUCAAGUUGUAAGGGUUUGUUAAGCACCGUUAAGCUUAAUGAGUUAGUAG